AUAUAGCAUAUAGACAGCUGGUAAACUUCGCGUAUCAGUUUUCUGUACGUACGUAGAGCCGGGUCCCAGACGCAGCAGUGGUAUACAGUAUCAGCAGUUUGUGGUUUAUGUAAACAAAAUGGAUUUUAGCUCGCUUUUUAGCCUUAACACUGUAACAGUGGCCAUUGUAUUGGUACUGAUAAUCCUAUCGAUCAAUCGGUCACUACAAUGGCCGGCCAAUCUCCCGCCAGGUCCAACCGGUUAUCCAGUCAUAGGAAGCAUUCUUUUGUUUCGAAAAGGAAACGUGCUGGAGUUAUUUCGAAAACUUCGAGCACAAUAUGGCGACGUAUUUAGUUUAACGCUGGGGAAAAACCUCACAGUGGUUAUCAGCGGAGAAGAGGCGUUAAAAGAGGCAUUCAUCCAACAAGCGGAGGACUUCUCGGAUAGGUCAGAAAAUUCACUUACUGGCCGAAUUUUAAAAAACAAAGGCAUUGGUUUCUCAUCUGGGAAGUACUGGAAACAAACAAGGACAUUUGCCUUGUCGACACUUCGGAACUUUGGAUUUGGAAGGAAAUCAUUAGAAUCCAGAGUACAAGAGGACAUCGCGGCAUAUCUAGAUAUGAUCGAACAACAGGACGGACAACCCUACGACAUGAAGGAACUGACAGUGAUGGCCAUAUCAAAUAUCAUAUGUAGCAUUACGUUUGGAAACAGAUUUGAUUACACUGAUGCGAAAUUCAAGCGUAUAACAUCUCUUUUUGCCGAAAACUUUCGACUACUUGCGCUUGGAGGUGCCGCACAAGCUUUUCCUUAUUUGAAGUACCUACCUGGGGAUAUGUUUAAUAUCAAGAAAUUAAUUCAAAAUACGAAAGAAAUCAGAGAUUUCGUUUUUGAACAAAUAACAGAACAUCGAAACACGUUGGAUGACCAGAAUCAGCGAGAUUUUAUCGAUGCGUUUCUCAGUCAGCAAUCUAUACAUGGCCAAGAAGAUACCAUAUUUGAAGAUUUGAACUUGGCUGUUUCUGUCAUCAAUUUGUUCGUUGCUGGGACUGACACAACAGCUACCAUGAUUCGCUGGGCGAUAGUUUACCUCAUUCAUAACAAACACAUCCAGGACAAACUCCGACAGGAGAUAGAGACUGUGGUUGGAUGCUCUAGGCUUCCGUCACUCGCCGACAAAUCUGACAUGCCUUACUAUGAAGCGUUUAUAACAGAAGUGUUCAGGAUGGGCAACAUAACUCCCCUCGCGGUGCCUCACGGGGCUUUAAAGGACAUCCACUUCCGGGGCAUGGUUAUCCCAAAGGGGACUUUGAUAAUGCCAAAUCUUGACUCCGUUAUGACAGAUCCGGACAUUUUUAAAAACCCUGAAAAAUUCGAACCCGAGAGAUUUCUAGGAAAAGACUGUCAGUUGAAUGGCAAAGAAAGGAAUGUCCUGGCUUUUUCUCUAGGACGGCGUGUAUGUCUCGGAGAAUCUCUGGCGAGGAUGGAACUAUUUCUGUUCAUGACAUCAUUAUUACAGAGGUUUGAGUUUCUCCCAGAGAGCCCAGAAACGCUUCCAUCAACUGACGGGAUUUUGGGAUUGGCGCUGGUGCCACAUGACUUCAAAUGUCGCGCUGUAAAACUUAAAUGAAAUAUAUACAAAAACAUCCGUCAUUAUUUAUGCUAUUGAAUGUGCAAAAUUCAAAUACUUCCUUUUCAUAAAAUAUUCUUUCAUUGAA